GUGGGAGCAGGAACAAAGAGCUUUCCUGUUGUUUGGACUCGAGACCAGAGAAGUGUGUUUUUAUAUUGUUGCACACCAGCUCCCAUUCCCAUUUCUAAUGGGAGAUUCCUGCUGCUUCCUGGUAUGAGGACCACAUCUCUGAGGGAAGCAGGCGGGAAAGAGGAGUGAAGGAAAGAGAGAGAGAGAGAGGGACAGAGAGAGAGAGAGAGAGAGGGACAGAGGGAGUUUUCACUGCUGAGGGAAGGAGCAGAGUUGUAAGGAAGCAGAAAAUGGGACCAGCCGCCACCUCGCUCGCUCUCCUGAGUCUGUGCUCCCUGGGUGUGUGUGUCCCCACGGGGACGGUGGACGCUGCAGCGACUCAGGCGUCUCUGCCAGACGUGAAGAUGGCGAGAGGAGAUAACCCCGACAUUAUUCCAGAGACUGAACCAGAACCAGAACCAACGAGUCCAGUGUCAGACUUUGAAAACUCAUACAACUACGUCUUGUCCAGACUGGCCGGGAUGGACCAGGCCAUCCACAAGCUGAACGUGGGCCACUACACGCUGGACGUGAAAGUCAGUCAGCUGAUGGACCGUCUGUCCAGGAUGGACGCUAAAGUGGGGGAGCUGGAGGACGACAUCCGGGAGGUUCGUCAACACAGCAGGGACAACCGCAAGGAGGUGGGACGGCUGGAAGCUUGUCAGAAGGGACGCCGGAUGGGAUACAAAUGUUAUCUGGUGUACAACAGCUACGUGGAUUACGCCGGCGCGUCCAGGAAGUGUCUGGAGCGCGGCGGCCGCAUGGCGAUGCCGCGCGACCGCAAGGAGCAGGAGAACCUGGCCGACUACGUGAAGUCCUUCUUCCACCCGGGCAACUGGCCCGUGUGGCUCGGGGUCAACGACCUGCGCUCCGACGGCUUGUACCUGUUCGACGACGGCACGCGGGUCUCCUACUUCCAGUGGCGCCGGCACUUCCUGUCCAGCCAGCCGGACGGCGGCCGGCGGGAGAACUGCGUGGCCAUGUCGUCAGACGACGGCGACUGGUGGGACCACUACUGUGACCGGACCAUGAACUACGUGUGCGAGUUCGACGACAGGGUGGCGCUUUAGAGGGAACCUUGUGUGCGUGCUGCUAGCCGUCAGAAUGAGACUUUGUGAGAUUGUGUUACUAAUGUAAAUGUUGUGUUGUUGGUGCAGCUGCGGUGACGUGAAUGCGAGUCAGUCAGUCGGGAACCUGCUGCCACUUCAAGCACAGGAUUCUAAAUAUUUGUUCGAAAAUUACCGGGAAGAGAAAACAUGAAAAGCACAAAGUGACCCCUGGAAGCUACACACCAGUGUGUAUCUGAUUUAACUGGAUGAGGCCGAGCUGCUCAGUGACUGUGGAUCUGUGACUCGUUUGAA